AUGAUCAAAUCUCUUCUUUUGGCCUACAUUCUCGGCGGCGCCUGUGCCCUCGCUGCGCCGUCUCAUAGCACAAAGGAGAAUCCAGUUGUUGACUUGGGAUAUGCCAAAUAUCGAGGCGUUCGCAAUGCCACCUACGGCCUCGACUAUUACUUUGGCAUUCGCUACGCAGUCCCUCCAGAGGGCGAUCUGCGUUGGCGAGCACCUCAAGACAUGGAGUCUCAUGGUAAAUACUCGACCUCGGUAGUUAUUGACGCUACUACUGUAGGACCUCAGUGUGUCCAGGGCCCAACGGCCUGGGCAAACGGAACUAAUCUGGGGGCCCUUCAAGUACUGGGUGCGAUUCCCCAACUGCCGUCGUCCGAAGAUUGCUUACUUCUCAACGUUCUUACGCCAACAUUGCCAAAAUCCAAGUCUCUCCCUGUUGUCGUCUAUAUCCAUGGAGGAGGAUACGUCACCGGCAACUCCAUCUCCUCCGAUGGCUCAUCGUUCACGCAGUAUGCCCAAGGCAAUGUUGUCUGGGUCUCCAUUCAAUAUCGCCUCGGUGCAUACGGAUUCCUGAACCCAAAGGAGUUUGACGGACACGACGGAGUGAAGAAUGCCGGCCUUUUAGAUCAGCGCCUCGCUCUUGAAUGGGUUCAACGUCAUGUAUCCAAAUUUGGCGGUGAUCCCUCCAAGGUGACGAUUUGGGGAGGCAGCGCAGGCGGCGGAUCGGUUGUGAACCAGAUGCUUUACAACCGAGGAGAGAAGAAUCCGCCGUACAGAGGUGCAAUUGCAGAAUUCCCAUGGCUGCAGCCCUACCACGACGACGUCUUUUUGCAAAAGCAGUACCAGACUCUCUUGAAUGACGCCAAGUGUCAUGAUCUCGCCUGUCUUCGAAGUCUACGUCCAUCCGCACUGGAAACGGCCAUCACCAAAAGCUACUACACAGCCUACGAUGCUGGACUGUACGCUUAUGGGGACAUGUUCUUCGGACCUUCAGUGGAUGGAAAUUUCGUCCAUGAUCUGCCGUCUGUGGAAUUCAACAAGGGUCAUUUUGCUAGGGUCCCAUUCAUGACAAACCAUGAUUCGUUUGAAGGCAUCUUGUUCACCAACUUUUCAUUGACCUCGUUUGACGAAUUAAGCUCCCAGUGGCAAAAGACGUGGAAAUCUCCUACACCCCAGUUCUGGGCCAGUCUAAAACAGCUCUACCCGCUGUCCGACUUUGGAAGCGCAUAUUACGAGCAGCCAUUCUUUCGCAGCCUCAUCUUUCCGCUCAUUGCUCUUCUCGCUCCCCUCUCCAUUCCCGGCAACGAUCCGUCUCUGUGGCAGGCUCAACAAAUCAACGGCGAUGCCAACAUCAACUGCCCUACCCAUUACCUCGCGGCGGCUGCACAGGAAUACGGCGUCCCGGCCUAUAAAUCCAUCUUUGAUGCGGGAGUUUAUGUGCAUUCGGCUGCAGACUUUCCCAUUUUCGACGCACAAAUCUUUACCGUCGACUCAUCCGUGGCGACUGCAGUCAAGGAUUACUUUCUCUCAUUUAUCGUGGGCCUUGACCCGAAUACCCUUCCUUCAGUGUCUCAUCACACACGAACUCACUGGCCACAGUACGGACAAAAGAAUUAUGAUACUCUGAUUGUACAGGAUACGAGCAUAACGGCCCAGAGAGAUCCCGAUGCUUCUGAUCGCUGCGACUUUUUUCACUCUCAGAGCGCCAUUGUGAGAAACUAG